AUCUAUCGCGUUUUUAACUUAAGUUUGAGCAACUUAACUGAGUGCAUACGACUCCCAGAGGUCUUUGCGCAGCAUUGUCCAAUAGCAAUCCAGCACCUAGUUUUCCGCCAAUGACAUUCAAGAAAGCUGAAACUUCCUCGAAUGAGGCCUCAAAUAAAGGACGCGCUCCUCGGCAACCCUCGGAACCGACGCGGGCCGUGAUUUUCAGUGACAGCUCCUCGUCAUGCCCGUCCGAGCGGAGUGCUGCACAGCCGGCUCGGCCUGCCCAUCCCCGGCCUGUCUUCACCCUCCCGCGCCGGUCAACACGCACCAGCCGGGGGUGGCCACCUCGCUUCUGUACAGCGGCUCGCAGUUUCGGGGUUACCAGAGAAGCAAAGGCAACUCCUACGACGUGGAGGUUGUUUUGCAGCAUGUGACCAUAGAGAACUCCUAUUUGUGUGGAUACCUGAAGAUCAAAGGCCUAACGGAGGAGUAUCCCACUCUUACGACAUUUUUUGUCGGUGAAAUUAUCAGCUGCAAGAGGCCGUUUUUAACCAGGAAGUGGGAUGCAGAUGAGGACGUGGACAGAAAACACUGGGGAAAGUUCCAGGCUUUUUACAAAUAUGCAAAAAACUUCAACUCCGAUGACUUUGACUACACAGCGUUGGAAAAAGGCGAUUAUAUCUUCAUGAGAUGGAAGGAGCAGUUUCUAGUUCCUGACCACACUAUCAAAGACAUCAGCGGUGCUUCUUUUGCGGGCUUCUACUACAUUUGCUUUCAGAAGUCCACAGCCACCAUUGAGGGCUAUUAUUACCACAGAAGCUCAGAGUGGUACCAAUCUCUGAGCUUAAACCACAUCCGAGAGCGCAGUAUGUCUAUUUAUGAAUUCCGGUGACGUAAAGCCGAAGCCCGGAAAGGACAGUUCCCUGAGCUUCACCGGGACAGAAAGCACGGAGAGCUCUUUGAAUGUGGAAACACUAGAGGUGAUCAAGUUCUCAUAAACUCUUGAGCUGGACGGCAAGAACGAACGCACAGGUGAAAAGACGCAGAUUAAAAAAAGGAAGAAAAAAAAAGUCGAGGGAUUGCUGCAAAGCUGCUUGGAUUUUAAUUAGUACUUUUUGUCAGCCUGUGUUCAAACAUUUUGCUGUCAUGGCCUCUUUUCUUAAGUAGUUUUAUUAUUCAUUUUUCCAGGUGCAUGCUUCGACCGAGAGACAAAAGUUUUUAGUUAAAAAAAGAUGGAUUUUUGUCAAAAAAAAACACUUCAGUUAAACAUGUUUUACGGCUCCAUAGAGGGCAAAAAAUCCUGAACAGAAAUCCUACUUUUGUAAGAUACGAUAGAUGGAUUGUUGGAUGUGAGAUCUAUACGGUUAUGUUAAAACGUGCACAGCUGUUAAGCUUAACAAAUCAAGUAAAGAAAAAAAAACUUGAUUUAAAAGAGUAUUGUGAUUUAAAGUGUUCCAGGUUUACAUUUGGAGCUGUGAACAAUAUAUAUAUAUUUUUUUUGCCCUAAAGAUAACAAAAUUCAUACAAAAUAAUUUAGUUGAGUGAUGAUGUACAAUUUUGGGAGAAAAUCUUAUUUGAUGUAAUCAUGGAGAACCAGUUGCCUUACACUUUUUAAUGUUUGUAGACCCUUCAGUUUUUUUAAACACAGCCUGGGGUUUGAUUUGCUUUGACGAUUCUUUAGCUAUUUCUAUGUUCGAGAGGGAUUUGGUGGUUUCAUCAGCUUUGCCAGAACACUCAAAAGUUGUCCUGAAUGGUUGCUGAUGUAAAACGAGUUCAGUUUUGGUUUCACUCACAGACUUCCGACAAGCUGCACGUCAUCAGUUCAUGUCAAGUAUGACGGCACUUUAAGUUUUUAAGCCAAAGAAAAGAAGGGGAUUGUGUUUAUGAAACUCCCAAAUAUUUUUCUUUUAUCAAUCGUGUGACAAAAAAAACAGGAAAAUGUGCAAUGAAAGGAGAAAAUGUUGAAGAGUAUGAUUUAUGUAUUUGAGUCGUUUUAAUUUAAAGUGUAUUAUAAUUCUGCAAUGAUGAAAUGUGGAAGGAGAAAUAAAAAACUAUUUUAUA